AUGAAGACCUCUCCAUUCUUUGCUGGUCUUCCGGCCGCAGUUGGAUGCAUUCUAUUUGGUGCCACAGUAGGGGGAGCCGCCCAUCACUACGGAAGCCAUCACCAAUUCUUUGACAAGCGUGAAGCCAGCGCAUCUUCGGAUACAUAUGACUAUGUAGUCGUCGGCUCUGGGCCAGGCGGUGGCCCGUUGGCUGCGAACCUAGCUAUCGCAGGCUACAGCGUGUUGUUGAUUGAUGCCGGCGGUGAUUCGGGCACAGACGACACCGAAACUAUCCCAGCCAUGCACUUAUUUUCGACCGAGUUCGAAGACUCGAGGUGGAACUACUUCGUGAACCACUACGAAGACCCCGACCGUCAGAAGAAGGACUCCAAGAUGACAUAUCGCACUACAGACGGCAGCUUCUACGUCGGCCUGGAUCCUCCUGCCGAUGCAGAACCUCUCGGGGUUUGGUAUCCUCGCGCCGGGGCACUGGGAGGAUGCACCCGCCAUAACGCCUUGAUCAGCAUCAAAGCAUUUGACAGUGAUUGGGAAUAUAUUGCAGAUCUGACCGGGGACGACUCGUGGAGAUCAAGCAACAUGCAAACCUACUUCGAGCAGAUCGAGAGAAGCGCCUAUUUGCCGAACAGCGUCGUUGGCCACGGCUUCCAUGGAUGGCUGUGGACCUCGUUGACGUCGCUCUCUCUCGUUGUCGAGGAUCAGAAACUCCUUUCUCUCAUCAUCUCCGCCGCUACCGCCAUGGGUAAAGGACUUCUUACCGGCCUCGUAAAUACCGUCUUCGGUCUUGGCCAAGUGCUGCUCCGCGAUAUUAACGCUCCUGGCCAAGUCAGCCACCCUGGGCUCUACCAAGUCCCUCUAUCUAUGCACGAUAACGUACGAGGUGGACCCAGAGACUUCAUUCUGAAUACCGCCCAUGAAGUCAACUCAGACGGAUCGCGCAAGUACCACCUCGAUGUCAAGCUGAACACUCUUGUCACAAAAAUCCGUUUCGACGAGAGUGGAACAAAACCCAAGGCCGUAGGUGUCGACUACCUCGAGGGCGAAUCCUUGUAUAGGGCGGAUCCCCGAUCCGACGGUGCGGUCCCUAAGGGCUCGGGAAGCGUGAACGCAGCUCGUGAGGUUAUUAUUGCUGCUGGUUCAUUCAACUCGCCCCAACUCUUGAAGUUGAGUGGCGUCGGCCCGCGGGAAGAGCUGGAGUCAUUCGAUAUCCCUGUAGUAGUCGACCUUCCUGGCGUUGGUGGCAACAUGCAAGACCGAUACGAGAACACUGUGGUCGGGAAAACGGAUACCGAUUUCGUUAUCACUUCGAAGUGUACAUUUCUGCAGUCGAUGCCGGACCCCUGCCUUGACGCAUACCGCGCUGGAAUCGACCCGAUCACCAGGGGAGUGUAUGGAACCAACGGUAUCGCCAUCGCCAUUGUUCUCAAGUCAUCAGUUGCAGAAGAUGAGCCUGACCUGUUAAUUUCGGGAGCACCCGCCAACUUCCAGGGCUAUUUCCCUGGAUACGCGAACGAGUCUUUGUGGGAUGCACAACACUGGGCAUGGAUCAUCCUUAAGGCCCAUAGCCGUAAUAACGCCGGUACGGUGACAUUGAAGUCGACAGACCCUCGGGAUAUGCCGUUGAUCAAGUUCAACUCCUUGGACACGGGAGUGAACUCCCAAGGUGAAGGUGACAAAGACCUGCAGGCCGUAUAUGAAGGCUUCCAGUUCGCGCGAAGAGCUUUUGACGACUUGAUCCCCUUGGAUGGUUCGUUCACCGAGGUCUGGCCGGGUGCAGAUGUUGCCGACGAAGGAGCUGCCAAAGACUUCCUCAAGAACGAGGCUUGGGGUCAUCACGCAUCCUGUACUUGUGCUAUUGGUACUGAUGAUGAUCCCUUGGCGGUCCUAGACAGCAAAUUCAAGGUCAGAGGCACUGAGGGCCUGCGAGUUGUGGAUGCCAGCAUCUUUCCAAAGAUACCUGGGACUUAUAUUGCUCUUCCUCUCUAUAUCGUCUCUCAGAAAGCUAGCGCGGUAAUUAUCAACGACGCUCGGGCUGCCUGA